AUGAACCACAUAGAGCAUGCAUGGGAUGCCCUAGGCCGAGCCAUCAACGACAGAGAGGUCAUUCCUCAAAAUCUGCAGGAGUUGGCAGAUGCUCUGAGGGAAGAAUGGGACGCCAUGCCUGUUGACGUCAUCAACAAGCUAGUGGACAGCAUGCCACGACGUCUGCAUGCGCUGAUCAUAUUUGAAGUCGCCCGCGGCUCAUCAUACAAUGGGGAUGUGGCAUUAGAUGAUAUUUUAAUCACGAGUUAUGGCUGCCCCGGCCACCACAAACUUGUCGAUAAAAACGAGAGUAGUGUAUCAUGCACUUUUGAAGAAGCUGAGCUGUGUGCUUACGUCCAAGAUGACACGGAUACCAUUGACUGGAAAUGGCACAACAGAGCAGCAGGCGGCGUCUUUACUGGUCCAGAUUACGAUCACACGAAAGGAAAUGAAUUUGAAGACGUCGCACGUAUCAUGUCUCCGGUUGCCACUUCAUCACCAUCGAUAUCGUCGUGUGUCGAGUUCUGGUAUCACAUGUGGGGAAGGGAUGUUGAAACCCUCAAUGUCUACAUCAAACCUGAAUCCUCGGACUUGCUGCCGUCGACACCGGUGACGAGAGUUGAAGGCGACCAGGGAAACUACUGGCAUCGAAAAAAAUUCACUGUACCAGCCGGGUCGGGAGAAUAUAGAAUAGUAUUUGAAGGUAUCCCGGGAGAUGAAGUACGUGAUGACAUCGCAAUGGACGACGUUACGCUCUACCAGGAUCAGAAUUGCCCUGAAUUUGUUACCGAGCCUCCUAAUUCUGGUACCAUGCCUCCUGCAAGAGAAAGUAUCGACUGCGAUUUUGAGAAAGAUUUCUGCGAUUACACUAAUGACAUUGACACUGAUUACGGAGACUGGACAAGACGCCAAGCGAAAGACGGCUCGACCUCUACUAUAACUGGGCCAAAAGUGGAUCAUACGCUAGGGACAGAGUUGGACUACCUUACCCUCCAGAUUGUUGAAUGGGGAAGCACACCGUCCAUGGACCCACAGUUUGCAAUUUAUGGCAAUCAUGCGGAGAAGUGGAUGGAGCUCGGAAUGGACGUCCCCGCGUCAAGUGAGCCGUUUCAGAUAUGGUUCGUUGGAACAAUAGGCACGUCAAGAUACGCUUCUGAAAUAGUUCUGGAUGACAUAGCCCUCAUGAACGGAAAAUGUCCGAUUCAAGCCACGGAAGCUCCACCAGUACCUUGGGCAGCCAACUGUGAUUUCGAGUCUACGACGGACCCGCUCUGUGGCUAUACUAAUAAUGACGACAACGAUUUUGACUGGACAGUGCAUAGCGGUAGCACCAGCUCGAGCAAUACAGGCCCUUCAAGCGAUCACACAACGGGAACCGCCAUAGGACACUAUGCUUACGUCGAGUCUUCUAUUCCGCAUCGGCCCAAUUCUCGCAUCUCCAUAAGAUCUCCUAUCCUUAAUAGCAAGAACCAAGACAUGUGUAUUCGAUUCUACUACCACGCGUACGGUAAGGACGUCGGGUCUCUGACCGUCGAUGUCGAUUUGGAAGACUUUUACGACGACAUCACGCAAUUUGCGAUCGCCGGCGACCACGGGAAUAAAUGGCGCCCAGCUAAUGUGAAUAUACCGGCUAGCUUCACUGGUAUCCAUAAUUUCAGGAUUGAAUUUUCGACCGAGAAAUACAGAGACGGAUUCGAAGGCGACGUCGCUAUCGAUGACAUCCUGUUCUUAAGGAGGCCAUGCGAAGGAUAUCCGUCCGAAAGCGCGUGUAGCUUCGAACAAGGCCUAGUAGGCUGUGGAUAUAGUGUCGAUUUGACCGCUCAAUACCAAUGGAAGUGGUACGAUCUCCUAGCCUUAGAAGAACCACCCCUGAAUUCGAUUUCUACCUCUUUCAUGUACACCAAGGCCCCGACUCCGAUCACCGGUUACACCGCUGAACUGUUCUCCGCAGUCUACGAUCUCCGUGGUCGGACCCAUUGUCUGACAGUCGACGUCGUCCUCACAGGAGACAGCACUCACCGGCUUCUGAUUCAAACACGAGAGACGAAGGCGAAGAUAAAACACGAUAUAGGCCUUCUUUCGGGAGACCUUGGUGGGUCGUGGGUCAGGGGAAACUGGUCAAUACAGGGCGAUCUCAUUUAUCCUACGUUUCAGCUUGUCUUCACGGCGAUGUAUGACUCAAGCUCCGAAGGAAUUAUUGCCAUCGAUAAUGUUUACCUUUCAAAGCAUAUGGAUGCGUGCAUGGAACAACAUGUUCUUGGAGGAUUCAGUUGCAACUUUGAAAAGGGUAUGUGCGGCUACACCCAGGACCAAGGAGAUGACUUCGAUUGGACCAGGUUCCAGGGUCGUACCGAGACCAGCGAGACUGGUCCUGAUGUGGACCAUACCCAUGGAACGCGCCUUGGAUACUACUUGUAUGCCGAAGCUUCUGGUAGGUCAGAAGGCAACAGAGCUCGUUUGACAAGCUUAGCAGAGGAUGUUAUUAAGCCGCAAUGUAUCCAUUUCUUUUACUCAUUGUAUGGUGACACAACAGGAUCACUCAGAGUCUACGUCAAAGAUAUCACUUCCUCGAGUUUGGGUGAUCCAGUGUGGUCUCUCUCAGACAAUCGCGGUAGCGGCUGGUAUAGAGGACUGGCGAGCAUUCAAAAUAGCACCAAUAGAAUUCAGCUGGUCUUCGAAGCAGAAAUGGGAAUUGGAGAGUAUUCUGACAUUGCAAUUGAUGAUGUCGAAGUAAAGGAAGGACUCUGUCCACUGGAUUUCCUGAACUGCACUUUCGAGGAAGAAGUUGGAAUGUGUGGAUUCGUUCAUGAUGAAACAGCAGAUUUCGACUUCAUCCACUGGAACGGAAAAACUUACUCGUCAGACCCAGGCCCUGCCAUCGACCACACAACGGGAACAGAAGAAGAUAUUAUCAAGAAUGAGAGUAGUGUAACAUGUGACUUCGAAGAAAUUGAGUUGUGCUAUUACGUCCAGGAUGACACAGAUACCAUUGACUGGAAGUGGCAGAACCAAGCAACAAAAGAUGGCUAUAACGGACCAGAAAUGGAUCACACGAGAGGGGAUGAAUUCGGGUUUUACUUGUUUGUCGGUAGUUCAAUCUACCAUGAUACAGAGGACGUCGCUCGCAUCAUGUCACCAAUUGCCACAGCAUCACCAUCAAUAUCAUCUUGUGUAGAGUUCUGGUAUCAAAUGUGGGGAAGGGAUGUCGAAACACUCAAUGUCUACAUCAAACGUGAAUCUUUGGCCUUGCCUUCGGCGCCAGUGACAAAAUUAACAGGCGAUCAGGGAAACUACUGGCAUCGAAGAACAUUCACUGUACCAGCAGGGUCCGGAGAAUACAGGGUGGUAUUUGAAGGUAUACCUGGGGUGUACAUACGUGAUGACAUCGCAAUAGAUGACGUCAGGUUAUACCUGGAUCAAAGCUGUCCAGAAUUUGUUACGGAGCCCCCUCAGCCUACUACCAUGCCUCCAGGAAGAGACGACAUCGAUUGCGAUUUCGAAGAGGAUUUCUGCGAUUACAUGCAAGAGUUGGACGCCGACUACGGGGAUUGGGAGCGACGUCAGGGUUUGGAUGGUCGUGAUUGGCCGGCGUUUAGUCGUACGGGACCGACAAAGGAUCACACGUUGGAUUCGAGAUACGGCCACUAUGCAAGCUUUGACCCGUACGACCUGAAGGGGGCAGUCGUAGGAGAUUUGGCUGUGCUGAAAUCACCUUUCAUCUCACCAAAGCCACACGAACGUUGCUUGGUUUUAUACGCGUACAUGUUUGGUUAUGGAAUAGACUACUUCACCAUUCAGAUAGUUGAAUGGGGUGGCACACAGACCAUGGACCCAUCCUUCGCUAUAUUCGGCAAUUACGGGGAAAGGUGGAUGGAACUCGAAAUGGAUGUUCCCUCGUCAACGUUGUCUUUCCAGAUCUUAUUCGUUGGGUCGGUUGGCCACUCAAAAUCUACAUCUGAAAUAGGUCUCGAUGACAUCACUCUCAAGAACGGAAAGUGUCAGGCGAAAGCCACCGAACCACCAGUUCCUUGGGCCGCCAACUGUGAUUUUGAAUCAACGAGUGAUCCGUUCUGCGGCUAUACUAACUACGGACUCAACGAAUAUGACUGGGUUGUGCAUAGCGGCAGUACCAGUUCCAGCAACACUGGCCCUCCAAGCGAUCACACAACAGGAAAUGCAACAGGUAGCGUCUGA